UCACAGCUCAGUGACGACUGCCGUCAAAGCCGGCUGUUCUCCUCGUUCUCUGGAAAUAAUGACAGCUGUUCUCAAGUUUCUCUGUCUUUUAUUUUGUAAGGCACUUCCUGCUGUGACGUCUUCAGCUUAUUCAAAAUGCUGCUGCCGUCUCGUCACUAUCACACGCAGCAGCGUCUUCUCAUCGUUGGCUUCCUGUUUAUCACAGAGUCCUAACGUUGGCUUGUGAACGGUCCUGCUCCUCCAGACCUCUCUGAGGUUCUUCAGCCUUGUAUUCCCUCGCCGGCCCUUAGAUCAGCUGACCAGCUGCUUUUGGUUGUCCCGAAAACUCGGCUGGAACUUUUUCAACUGUGUCUCCCAAACUUUGGAAUACGUUGCCUUUAAAUAUGAGACAUGCAUCUUCGCUUCCUGUUUUUAAGUCUCCGUGUGGAGCGGUGUGAGCUGAUGUGCUCUUUAAAUGAAAGCAGGCCUGUGAUUACAGGACAUUGAAAUCCCAGGAUGCACUGCAGCUCAGAGCGACACCCGUCUGCAGGCCAGGUCCCGUUUCCGUGACAACACUGCCCACGCAGUCCAAAGGUCGCCUUGUUCGAGGGGAAGAAGUGACAGGUGAGCCUGGUCACGUGACCAUCUUUGUGACUGCACCCACAACCCGAUAGGCUGGGGCCAGACAGUGAUGUUAUCUGAUAGGCUGUAACCGCGCCGACGGUUGAAAAGGAGAGGAGAGAAGAAGAGGAAGGCAGAAGUCAAAGAGGAGACGGAGGAGCAGAACGAGAGGAGACGAGGAGGUGAUGGAGCGCAGCGUGAUCCGUCUGACUCACUGUCAGGAGAUCUUCUGCUUCUCUGUGCCGGAGCAGUGCCCGAGCUGCGGGGAGGAGCUGAGGGGGAGCAGGCUGCAGGAGGCGCCGGUCAGCCUCCCCUCCCCCUUCACCAACGGGCACAAGACCUCCUGCUGCCUGCUGGUCACACCUGCAGACAACAACCUGGACAGAGACUUUGAUGGGGCGGCUGAUCUUCACACCGGCAUCUCCAACACCAAAGGUGUUGUGUAUAACUACACUCGCGGCGGCGUCCGCAGGGAUCAGAGCGGCUGGGAGCGCAGCAUCAGCGUCCCUCUGGUCCGGCCCGACAUGUUCCACCUGCUCGCUCAGUGGGACCAGUACCUGGAGCGCUUCUCUGACGGGCCAAUGUGGGACCCUGCCUGGCACAGGUUUGAUGAAAACAACCACAACUGCUUCAGCUUCUGUUUGCACUUUGUGAACGGCGUUCUGGCGGCCGAGGGCCGCGGCGCUCUGAGCAGGGACGACUUCACCCACACCUUCAUCCUGCCGAGGAUGAGGAGGGUGUCCAAAUACACCGCGCUGUACCGGCACAUCCAGAAACACCAGUUCUACAAGGUGGACCGACAGCAGCACGCUGAGGGGGCGGAGCCCAGCAGCUGA